AUGGCUUCCAAUCUUCCUAUGAGCCCUCAAUUGGAGCAGAUCCAUGGCGAAAUCCGCGACCAUUUCCGAGCCCUCGCGAAUGGUUUCCAGAGGUUGGAUAAGAUCAAGGAUUCAAAUAGACAAAGCAAGCAACUGGAGGAACUUACAGAGAAGAUGAGAGAGUGUAAAAGGUUGGUCAAGGAGUUUGACCGUGAACUCAAGGAUGAGGAAAUUAGAAAUUCUCCUGAAGUAAAUAAGCAAUUGAACGAUGAGAAACAAUCUAUGAUCAAGGAACUCAAUUCUUAUGUUGCACUAAGAAAAACGUAUAUGAGUACACUUGGCAACAAGAAAGUUGAACUUUUCGACAUGGGAGCUGGAGUCAGUGGCGAACCUACAGCUGAAGAAAAUGUCCAAGUGGCUUCAGCUAUGUCAAACCAGGAGCUUGUGGAUGCUGGAAUGCAAAGGAUGGACGAGACUGAUCAGGCCAUUGAGCGCUCUAAACAGGUUGUAGAACAAACAAUGGAAGUUGGAACUCAAACUGCAGCUAACUUAAAGGGACAGACGGAUCAAAUGGGACGCGUUGUUAACCACUUGGACACGAUUCAAUUCUCACUCAAGAAGGCCUCCCAGCUUGUGAAAGAGAUAGGGAGACAGGUGGCUACUGAUAAAUGCAUAAUGAUGUUCCUGUUUCUCAUCGUAUGCGGUGUUAUAGCCAUUAUCAUAGUGAAGAUCGUAAACCCGAAUAACAAAGACAUUAGGGACAUACCAGGAUUAGCUCCUCCAGCGCAGUCGAGGAAGCUAUUGUACUUGAGGAAUCCUGAGUACAUGGGAAAAUAG